GGAGCACUAUAAAGGUUUAGGUAUUUGAUUGGAAAACGUAUUUGUCAGAAUUGUCUGGCCGGAUUAGUUUGCUCAUCAGCUUCUUCAUCAUUUGAUAUAAUGUCAGAGACUAAUAGCACAAUUAGCCCACUGAAUACUAGUAUCACUUUAGCGUUUUUUAUGUCCUUACUAGCUUUUGCUAUAAUACUAGGAAAUGCCGUGGUCAUUUUAGCUUUCAUGGUGGACAAAAAUCUUAGACAUCGAAGUAGUUAUUUUUUUCUUAACUUGGCCAUUUCUGACUUCUUUGUGGGUGUGAUCUCCAUUCCUUUGUACAUCCCUCACAUGCUGUUCGAAUGGAAUUUUGGAAAGAAAACCUGUGUGUUUUGGCUCAUGGCUGACUAUCUUUUGUGUACAGCAUCUGUGUAUAACAUUGUCCUUAUCAGCUAUGAUCGAUACCAGUCAGUCUCAAACGCUGUGUCUUAUAGAGCUCAACACACUGGGAUCUUGAAGACUGUCACUCUGAUGGUGGCCGUUUGGGUGGUGGCCUUCUUAGUGAACGGGCCGAUGAUUCUAGUUUCAGAGACUUGGAAGGAUGAGGGUAAUAAAUGUGAACCUGGAUUUUUUUCAAAAUGGUAUAUCCUUGCCCUCACAUCAUCCUUGGAAUUUCUGGUCCCAGUUCUCUUAGUCACUUAUUUCAACGUGAAUAUUUACUGGAGCUUAUGGAAGCGUGGCCAUCUCUGCAGGUGCCAAAGCCAUGUUAGACUCGCCUCUGUCUCUUCCAGCAACUGUGGACACUCAUUCAGAUGUGUACUAUUUUCAAGGACAUCUCUUCCUGCACCGAAGGAAGCAGCUGCACCCCUUCAUUCAGAGAGACAGAGAAGAAAAAGCAGUCUCUUGUUUUCCUUAAGAACUCAGAUGAACAGCAGUAUCAUUGCUUCCAAAAUGAAUUCCUUCUCCCCACCAGAUUCUGUAGUUUCUCACCAAAGGGAACAUCUUGAACUGCACAGAGCCAGGAAAUUAGCCAAGUCACUGGCCAUUCUCUUAGGUGUUUUUGCCAUUUGCUGGGCUCCAUAUUCUCUGUUCACAAUUGUUCUUUCAAUUUACCCCCCAGGGGAACGUCCUAAAUCGGUUUGGUAUGAAAUUGCAUUUUGGCUUCAGUGGUUCAAUUCCUUUGUCAAUCCUUUUUUAUAUCCAUUGUGUCACAAGCAUUUUCAAAAGGCUUUUUUGAAAAUAUUUUGUACGAAAAAACAACCCAUACCAUCAUCACAUGGUCAGGCAACAUCUUCUUAAAGAUAAUUUUCUCACUUCUAUACCUUUUAGUCUUAAUCUUAUUUAAAUCAGAUCUGGCUUUCAAAUUGCCCU